GGAUUUGAAAAGGAAGAAAAUGUAUUCAUUCAGUUGGCCAUCAAGAAUCUUGGAGAAUCGGUAGAAGUGAUUCGCCAAUACGCCGACUUGGUACCCGGCUUCUCAUCACUCUCAGAGGCAGAUCGAGAAAAAAUAAUUCUGCUGCAUUCGGCUGAUCUGAUCACUUUUCGCAUGGCUUUUAGUAGUGCUAAUUUUAAAAUAUUUCUUGACGAUGAAAGAACUGCGAAAGCAGCAGCAGAGCGAGCCCAACUGAAUUUGUUUCAUCCGACUGCAUCACAAUCGAGCGCAUACUUUCGACCUUCUACCUCGACGGAAGUGAGUAGGAACCACCACCACCACCACCACCAACAGCACCAACACCACCAGCAGCAGCAGCAGGAGCAGCAGCAGACGACAACAACGAUGCAGCACCAACAAACAGGUCCUUUUCAGAGCGUGGAAAACCUAAGCGCAUGGCAAACCCAGUCAGCGGCAUCAGAGCCAACCUUUCGCCCAUUUCCCCAUACUCCGCCACUUACGCCAGCACCUCCAACCGCAUGGCACGGAGGUAGUAAUAGUGGUAGUGUCCCACGGCCUGCCGACUUCGAGCAGGAGGAGGAAGGCGGCGGUAUCACCGCAUGGGAGGUAGCACUCUCAACACCAACUGAGCCUGUUUAUAUCUUUGAAAACGGUUCUAUUAUGACCGACGAGGAGCUGAUUAGAGCAGGCCUUGGUUCCUGGAUUAGAGCCCUUACCUGGUUCGGCUGGCAACUGCUCGAACUUGCCAUGGGUGAUCACAGCACAAUUGCUGGGCUCUCUGCCCUUGUACUAAUCAAUUACCAGGCUCUUUCUGACAAACUUUUUAUAAUCUCUAAAGGUCCUAGCACGUUGUGUCGAUUCCUCCUCCUCCUUCUCCUCCUCCUCCUCACGAAGUUAUCUCAAAGUGCACACAUUGUUUCAGGAAGGUCGGAUUUAGAGAAUUCAAGUGAGAUCUACACAGUUCACCACAGAUUCGUGGAGAUGUUGAAGAGUCACUGCUGCUCCCCUACGAGUGCAGUGGCGAUUCCCACCGCCUAUCCAGGUUGCUAUGCUCCUGAGGCGGACCCCGCUGGGGCUGCGGUAGUUACAGCCGCCACACCCGCUACCAUGGUGCCCCCGGCUCGAGCUGACUCGACGUACUUCUCGCAGGUCUUCAAGAAGAAGGACACGGUACACUGGAUCGCAAGCCAGCUGCUUCUGCAACCUCUUCAGCGUCUCCACGCCAGUGGACGUCUGCCUUCAGCGCCAGAGUGUGGCUGGCUCAACACUCUGGUGAACCUUCUCAACUCCACCUCCAAUCAGUCUCAGACCUCGCCCCCUUGCAGCUAA